AUGGGAAUUUUACUACAAUAUUUUGCGGCAUUUUCAUCUGCUCUUGGAGCUUUGAGUGCCGGCACUGCUCUUGGAUGGACAAGUAAUCUGCAGCAUAAAAUCGUCUUUUUCUCAGAUUAUGGCUUCAAAGUGACAGAAGUUGAGUUUUCACUCCUUGGAUCAAUGCUUAAUCUGGGUGCAGCUUCUGUUUGUGUAUUGACAGGCUUUAUGAUUAAUUAUUUUGGUCGUCGUGGAACUAUGCUUCUGGUUCUAAUUCCGUUCAUCCUUGGAUGGUGCCUUCUCAUAACUGCAAUCAAUGUAACAAUGCUAAUCAUUGGACGAGCACUAAUAGGCAUGGCGUGUGGUGCAUGUUGUGUCAGUUGUCCAGUUUAUGUUGGCGAAAUUGCUGAUAAAGAAAUUCGUGGAAAAUUGGGAUCAUUUUUUCAGCUAUUAAUUACAACCGGAAUCAUGUUGGUGUUUAUACUUGGAGCAUACAAUAGUUCUCAAAUUACAAGUUCUGUUUGUGCAUUUAUUCCUCUCUUAUUUGGAUUUUGUAUUUUCUUUUGUCCUGAAUCACCGGCAUUUUAUGUCAUGAAAGGAAAACAUGAUAAAGCCAUGAUAUCAUUAAAAAGAUUUCGAGGAAAGUCAACCGAUCUAUAUGCAGAAUUAAAUUCUUUAAUAGAAGAAGAGGAACUUAGAAUGUCUCAAAAUGUUAAAGCUGCUCUAAGAAAGAAAUCCUCAAUGAAGGCAAUGAUUAUAGCUUGUGGCUUAAUGUUUUUCCAACAAUUAUCAGGAAUUAAUGCUGUAAUUUUUUAUACCACAACAAUUUUCAAAGAUGCCAAAAUAGAGAUUAAGCCUGAAUUAGCAACAAUAAUUGUAGGAGUUAUUCAAGUUUUAGCGACUUUUGUGGCAACUUUAACGGUAGAUAAAAUUGGGAGAAAAAUGCUGUUGAUUAUUUCUGAUGUCUUCAUGGCACUUUGCACGUUGAUGCUUGGAACUUAUUAUGGAUUGAAGGAAUCCAAUGAAGAAUCUGUCAAAGGUUAUGGAUGGAUCUCACUUUUAUCAUUGUGUGUGUUUAUUAUUGCAUUCUCAUUAGGUUUCGGACCAGUGGCAUGGAUUAUGAUUGGAGAAAUCUUUUCAUCAGAUGUCAAAGGAUUUGCAGGAUCAAUGGCAGGAACUAUAAAUUGGUCACUAGCAUUUGCAGUAACAGCUGUUUAUCCGACAAUCCGUGAAUUAAUUGGACCAUCACUAUGUUUCUUAAUUUUCACAAUUUUAAGCACCUUGGGAAUCCUUUUUUCAAUUUUCAUUGUUCCUGAAACAAAAGGCAAAUCACUAGCUGAAAUUCAACAGAAUCUCGAAGGAAAAUAA